AUGAUGCGCGAGUUCGAAGUCAACACCGUGGGCCCGUUUCUCUUGACGCGAGCGGUUCUACCAAACCUUCGCCUCGCAGUAGCCGCGCAUGGCCAGGCGUUUGUGGCCCAGAUCACCUCCCGCAUGGGCAGCAUCGCUGACAAUGGCUCUGGCGGCUCGUACGGCUACCGCGCGUCCAAGACGGCGCUCAACAUGGUUACGCAGAGCCUGUCUCUUGAUCUUCAGUCCGAGAAAAUUGGCUGUUUCGUUGCCGGAAUGGUACGCAUCAUUGAGCGUGCCAAGCUCGGCGACAAGCUCGUGAUGUACCACUUCGAGAAGGGCGACGUGCUGCCUUGGUAA